AAAAGACCAGCCGCUGUGCGAAUCUUUCAGACCCAAACCCGAGCUUGUGUCAGUCGCGUCCUUAUGUGUGCGGAAGUUGCCGUGACCGGGAUUCUUCGCGUUCACGUUCACGUCAUUCUUCUCUCCAAUACUUUUCAGCACCCGCUCCGCCACCAGUCUGUCCGUACAGCACGCGGCUUCUCGCUGUUCCAUUCUACUCUGCACAGCUACACUAUCUCUGUUCCGCGGGCGUUCGCAACAGCGAGAGACCAUGGCCCAAUUCCACCGAUCUCGGUCCUCCUCUUCGGCUUCAGACGACGAGCCAAACUUCGGCGACAACUCCUCCUACGGCAAUCCCAACGAGCUUGACGGCACCUAUGACCUCCCGCCCGCCGGCGCCAGCGAGACCGACGACGACACCUACGGCCUCCCACCCAGAGAUCCCGGCGAACUCGACGACGAAACAUACGGUCUCCCACCCACCGGCCCCGGCGAGCUCGACGAUACCACGAAGCUCCUAUACCCCAGCGCCACCGAGCACGAGCAUGAUUCCACCGCCGCUAUCGAUGACACGGUAGCGAGCUUCCUACACCAACCCGUCGAAGAUCUAGUCCUCCUGCACACGCUCAACACGCACCUCUCCUCCGUGCGCCUCCCGACCCUCCACAACAUCCUCGACUGCACGCCUCUGCUGCUGAUAACUCUCUACGAGACGCUGCCGCCCGCCCUCACACCCGCCGGUGCGUACAAGCGACACAGGCGCAUUCCCUAUGUCGUCCGGACGGGGGAGGGCGCGGAUCUGCCGACGAGGAUGCAGAACAUGAAGCUGCUCAUCGGGACGAUCGUUCACGAUGAGUCGCUGGGGCUUGAUGAAAGGAUGUGGAAGAGAUUGGUGGGGCUGGAUCUGACGGGGUUCUGUGCGAAAAAGGGUGAAUGUGUGAGGAGGGUGGUGAAGGGGUUAGUGGAGGUCAUGGGGAGGAUCAUGGAGCGAGGCGAGGUGAUUGGGGGCCGGGAGGACAUGGGUGAGGGUGGAGAGGUUUCCAUGGAUAUCAGCUCGAUUUUGGGGGGGAUGGUCCGGCCGUCGUUACGAUCGUCGAAGUACGAUGAUACUACAGCGAGCAACUACGGUCUGGACAAGCGAGCGCAGUCUCGUUACGAAACGCCUGCGGCUGUGAGGGGUAGACCUGGGAGUUCGCUGGGGACGGCCGUUCCACUGGUAUCGCAAAAGCGAACGGGUUUGGGCUUGGGAAUCGGCGAGCACCGGUAUGCCAGUAGCUCAUCGGACGAUGGCUCCUUCCAGGGACCGCGGCGAAGAUAUCUCGCGCUGAAGCCGACGGGAUACUUCUCGCCGCGACGACAAGAGACUUCCACCAUCCCACGCCAGAGAGGCACAUCAACCACCCCACGCCAAAAAGGCACAUCCACCACCCCACGUCCAUCCCCCACACCGCAGUUUACACCCAGUCCACGGCCUGCGCCCAGUGCACGACGUACACCCACACCGCGCCACUCAUUCCCCCUACCUCUAAAUCUAGAACUUCCUCUACUCCCUGACAGCGACCAGUCAGCUGAAGCCGCUGCAUCACCGUCCGUAUCCACCUCAUACUCUCGUUCCGGCCACGAAUCACCAGAUACCUUACGAGUCGAAAGGAACAGGGAAGAUGGGUGGUUGUGCGCAUAUAGAUGGCUCGAGGAGCAGGCUGCAUCGCCUACGGACCCGAUUGCUCCUGAAGAUGUGCCACUGCCUGAUGAUGGAUUGGAUGAGGAGGAGGAGGGUGACGACAAGGUGGAGGAGGAGAAGGCGAAGGAAGAGGAGAAAGGGGAUGAGGAUGAAGAUACGGAUGAUACGGACAUAGAGGUGCUCGAAGGACAUAUCACGAAGCUGUUGCUGAGUUAUGGGUACAAGAUACGGCCGUAACGUGGGCCGUGGUUCAGCUUCUGGCCAUUCUGUCAUGUUCUUGGUUGCUUGAUUGCUUUAUACCCUUUGCUGUUGGUGGUGCUUCAUGGUGUUUUUACAGCGUACAUAGAUGAAUCUGGG